AUGUGUGAUGACCUCACAGAUACCUUUAAUCAAUAUCACAUGGGAAUUACAGCUGAAAAUGUGGCGAAAAAAUACAGUGCAUCCAGAGAAGAACAAGACCUUUUUGCACUUACUUCUCAGCAGAAGUGUGAGGCUGCACAGAAUGCUGGGUAUUUCAAUGAGGAAAUAGUUCCUGUUUCCAUAACAACCAGACAAGGAACAAAGGUUGUAAAUAAAGAUGAAUUUCCAAGGCAGGGAUGCUCAAUAGAAGCACUACAGAAACUAAGACCAGCUUCUGUUAAAGAUGGAACAGGAACGGUAACUGCUGGAAAUGCUUCUGGUUUAAAUGACGGGGCAGCUGUCUGUGUAUUGAUGAGUGCUGAAGAAAACAGAAACAGAUCCCUACAACCUUUAUGUAGGAUUGUAUCAUGGGCACAGGCUGGGGUGGAUCCAGCCAUUAUGGGAAUGGGACCAGUGGAUGCCACCAGAAAAGCAUUGGAAAAAGCACACUGGUCCAUCAAUGAUGUAGACUUGCUAGAGCUCAAUGAAGCCUUUGCGGCUCAGUCUGUGGCAGUCGUUAAAGAACUGGGAUGUGAUCCCUCAAAGGUAAACACAUCUGGAGGUGCUAUUGCUAUAGGACACCCAAUAGGUGCGUCUGGUGCCAGGAUCCUAGUGACAUUGCUCUACGCUCUGAAACGGACAGGCAAGAAAAGGGGCGUGGCUGCUAUCUGUGUGGGCGGGGGGAUGGGGAUAGCCCUCUGUGUGGAGCGGAUUUGAUGUCAUCAGUCUUCUUGUGCUAGCUU